CAUCGAUAGUGCCUGUAGUGACAUCGAUAGUUUGCCACCUCUACAUUACACAUAGCCGGCAAAAUUUAUCAAUUGGCGCAAAGCAAAAAUAAACAAAUUACAAUGAAAUUAAGUGUCGAUGGCUUGCUGGUCUACUUUCCAUACGAAUACAUCUAUCCAGAGCAGUAUGCAUAUAUGCUGGAGUUGAAGCGCACGUUGGAUGCGAAAGGCCACUGCCUGCUGGAGAUGCCCUCGGGUACAGGCAAAACAGCAACACUACUUUCCCUCAUCGUAGCAUAUAUGAUAGAACACCCUGAUGUAAUUCGAAAAUUAAUUUACUGUUCGCGUACCGUACCAGAGAUUGAAAAAGUUAUUGCGGAGUUACAAAAUCUGAUAUCUUACUACGAAAAGAAUGCACCAGAGCCACCCGGUUUGCUGGGCUUGGUGCUUAGCUCACGAAAAAAUAUGUGCAUACAUCCUGAGGUGAGUGCAGAGCGUGAGGGCAAGGCAGUCGAUGGAAAAUGUUAUGGUCUAACAGCAAGUUACAUCCGCGAACGGCACGAGGUAGAACCCGAAAAUACGCCAAUAUGCCAAUAUUAUGAAGGUUUCUUAUUAGAGGGCAAAGAAUCAAUGAUGCCACAUGGUGUGUAUAGCAUUGACGACCUCAAAGAAUAUGGACGCAUGCGUAACUGGUGUCCAUACUUUCUGGCACGCUUUGCUGUAACCUAUGCACAAAUUGUCGUCUACAGUUAUCACUAUCUGUUGGAUCCAAAAAUUGCCGAAGUUGUAUCCAAAGAGAUGACUAAGCAAUGCUGCGUGGUCUUCGAUGAGGCACACAACAUCGAUAAUGUAUGCAUCGAUUCGAUGAGUGUGAAAAUCAAUCGACGUAUAGUCGAGCGCAGUACAAAUGCGCUGAAUAAUCUACAGAAAAGGGUGCAAGACAUCCGUGAAGAAGGUGCCAACCGAUUGAAUGAAGAGUAUCAACGCAUGGUGCAAGGUUUAAAAGAUGCGCUGGUGCAACGUGAAACCGAUAUGGUAAUGGCCAAUCCCGUACUGCCCGCAGAUGUGCUUGAGGAGGCUGUGCCCGGCAAUAUACGUAACGCUGACCACUUUCUCAGUUUUCUGCGUCGAUUUGUAGAGUAUAUUAAAACACGUCUACGUGUACAUCAUGUUGUGCAGGAGUCACCCGCUGGUUUCCUAAAGGAUGUAGCUACGAAAAUUUGCAUUGAACGUAAGCCAUUGCGUUUUUGUGCCGAACGACUGGCCAGCCUGCUGCGAACAUUGGAAAUUAACGACAUGACAGAAUAUGGCGCGCUGACAUUGAUAACACAUUUUGCUACUUUAGUUUCUACCUAUACCAAAGGUUUCACAAUAAUUGUAGAGCCUUUCGAUGAUAAAACGCCGACCGUAAUAAAUCCUAUACUGCACUUUAGCUGCUUGGACUCUUCCAUAGCCAUGGCGCCUGUGUUCAAACGCUUUCAAACGGUCGUUAUUACAUCAGGCACACUUUCGCCUAUGGACAUGUAUCCGAAAAUUUUAGACUUCGACCCAGUUAUAAUGAGUUCAUUCACAAUGACGCUGGCACGUCCUUGUUUGCUGCCAAUGAUUGUUUCGAAGGGCAAUGAUCAGGUGGCGAUUUCCUCGAAAUUCGAAACACGUGAGGAUACAGCAGUCAUACGCAACUAUGGCCAACUGCUGGUGGAGACGGCGAAGACAGUUCCCGAUGGCAUUGUUUGUUUCUUUACUUCUUAUCUCUAUCUUGAGUCUGUAGUCGCUUCGUGGUAUGAUCAAGGCAUCGUGGACACCUUACUGCGCUAUAAGCUGUUAUUUAUUGAAACACAGGACAAUGCUGAAACAAGCUAUGCGCUUAUGAACUAUGUUAAGGCAUGUGAUUGCGGCCGCGGCGCUGUGUUAUUAGCCGUAGCGCGCGGUAAAGUAUCUGAGGGUGUGGAUUUUGACCAUCAUUAUGGCCGUGCCGUACUUAUGUUUGGCAUUCCCUAUGUCUAUACACAGUCGCGCAUACUUAAAGCGCGUCUUGACUAUCUGCGCGAUCAAUUUCAGAUAAGAGAAAAUGAUUUUCUCACCUUCGACGCAAUGCGUCAUGCGGCGCAGUGCGUGGGACGCGCCUUGCGUGGUAAAACCGAUUACGGUAUUAUGAUCUUUGCUGACAAGCGCUUUUCGCGUCAAGAUAAACGUAGUCGCUUGCCCAAAUGGAUACAGGAACAUUUAGUGGAUAGUUUUUGUAAUUUAAGCACAGAAGAAGCUAUGCAGUUGGCACGACGUUGGUUACGACGCAUGGCACAGCCAUUUACGCGUGAAGAUCAGUUGGGUAUAUCGCUGUUGACUUUGCAACAAUUGGAGAAUUCUGAGAAGGAGAAAUUAGAGCGGCAGGCGCAAGGCAAAGAAGGCGUGGGCGGCGAAGUGAUGGAACUGUGAUGCGGAGGAAGAGCAGAGCCAGCUGAAUGGAGGAAAAACAUGCAAUUCGUGCAAAAUCCAUUAAAUUUUGUUAUUAACGCUCUACCCAAAGUGGUAGGAUUUCGUAAUUCAAUAAGAAAGUGCGGAAUCUAAAAUGAAUUGGCGCCAUAUAGUGUUGUGUGCCACCAAAGGUUGAAAUUAACAAAACAAAUAAAAAUUCAUAAUAAUAAUUACAUUAA